AUGGGAAAAGAAGAAAUAUCAGGGAGCGCAGCAGCUGUGGAGAGCAUGCCGCCGGUUAAAGAGCCCGCAGCCACCGAAAAAGAUGACGUGAAAAAGCAAGACAAAACAGACGAAAAAAACAAAGCAGAGGUGCCUGAAGCAGGCGCAAACGCGGAGGCUAUUAACCAUGAAGAGGCGUCAGGAAGAAAGAAGAUAAAGCUUGGCAACAAUUCUUACUACGUGGUGAGUCUUGAAGAGAUAGACAGAUACAUAGAGCUAAAAGACACAUACAAGUCAGACGCAAUGUCUGCAUUUAUAGUCUACAUGCACAAAGACUUCAUUGCAGACUUGAAAAGCAUAAGGAGAAGACACAGCGUGAAAAAAGGGCUCUUUUUGAUUCUCGGCAUUUUUACUCUGAUCAUCAUAGCUCUUGCAGCGGUAGCCAUUCUUCGCUAA